AUGAGCAGCUCUUUUGCGAAUAAUCCAAUCCAGAGCAUCAGUGCAUUUUCAACUAAAUCCAAUGCAGUAACCACAUCAACCGCUGUGCCAUUCGAAACCACCAUUUCUGUUCCAUCUGUUGGCAGUAUCACCGGCAUGCCCUCCGUUGAUGUAGUACAUCCGUCAUCUUCUGCUCCGUUUAUCUCUUCGCCCUUGCCGAAAUCUACCACUACUUCAUUACGGCCCACGCCUACACUUGCUACUGGUACUACUAUCACAGAUACACACAGCAAGCAUGGCUUGUCGCACGGUGCAUUAGCCGGCAUCAUUGUGGGCUCCGUGAUAGGCGGUCUAAUGCUGCUAGGAUUGGCUUGUCUGCUCAUUCUACGCAAGAGGAGGUCCAGAAAUCAUCGUAUCUCAUAUCAAAACCAAGAAAAAUCACCACUUCCAAUAGACACAGCAGCUGCUCCCGCUACUCCACAACAACAUUUCAGGCACUCGUACAGAAAUUCUGCAAUGAGCCAGAAUAGCACACUUCGAUCGCUUCAUUCACAGAGGGUCACAAACGGCAUCACACCGUUCGCAGCGCCCACAACCAUCCUGACUACAGAGCUUUCAGUGGAAAGCCCUUCUACGCCUGUCAUUGAUGACGAUUUCUGGCAGAACUCACCUCCUAUAGGCACAUUUACCAUCAUCUCGUCAUAUACACAAACAUUGGAUGAUGAGCUAUACAUCCAGCCUGGAGAUCAAGUUCAAGUGUACACAGAAUAUGACGAUGGAUGGUGUCUUGGUAUCAACCUGACACGAGGUGGUUCCAGAGGUGUGUUUCCUCAACAUUGUCUAGGCGAAUAUCAAGAGCCCUGA